AGGGCCAAGUCACCGAAUCCUAUAAGCCAAGACUCGAUCCUGUUGAGCCAUGGGGACAAGUCCUCGCUGUCACUGUUAGCCUCAUGACAUUUCACCGUCGCUCGAGUUCGUUUGGUCGAUCAUGUCCUACAUCUCAGCGAGUAAUGGCUCGCUCCAGCCAGCGUUCCUGGUAGUCAUGACAUUUUUGCUACUACUCUCGACAACCAGCGUUCUUCUAAGGCUAUAUUGUCGCACUUUCCUGGUGCACAAGGUCGGUCCAGAUGAUUAUCUCAUCCUGAGCGGGUUGAUCGUCACGAUUGGAAUGGGAGUUAUGAAUGCAUUCCACGUCAGCUUCGGGACAGGACGACACAUUGCAGAUCUACCUCUCGAGAAGAUCCUCAUCCCGACUCUUAAACAUUGGUAUGUGUACCAACUUAUCUACCCACUUUCAAUCGGACUCGUCAAGUUUAGCAUCUUGGCGCAAUACUAUCGGAUCUUCGCUGUCAAUCGCUUCCGACAAUGCAUUAUUGGAGUGGGCCUCUUUGUAUUCGCGUAUACCAUCGUUGUGGUCUUCGUCAAUGCCUUCGAAUGCCACAGCAAACCCUGGAGAGCAUGGGACCCAACGUUCCCAGAGGGAUGCAACAAUCUACCCGCUGCAUACUUCUCAACGGCCGGAAUCAAUAUUCUCACAGAUCUUGUCAUCCUGGUGAUGCCCUUACCGCUGAUUAUGAAGCUGAACCUGCACCGUCGAAGAAAAUAUGCCCUCAUUGCCAUUUUUCUCAGCGGGACAUUUGCAUCUGCAGCCUCAAUCGUCCGUCUAAACGGUCUAUAUAAAUACACCGUCACAGACGACGUAUCCUACGACGCGAUCCAGAUCCUCUUCUGGUCCCAAAUAGAAGUCAACGUUGCCAUCAUCUCCGCCUCAGCCCCCUCCCUCCGUCCCAUGUUUGCCACAAUCUUCAAAAGCUCAUCCUACGCCCGCUCAUACGGUAACACCUUCAACGGUCCUUCUAAUAAUCUCUACGGUGUAUACGGGUCGAGAUCCCAGCACCGUAGAACGAUCAGAUCCGGGACGGUGGGGGCUAUUGAGCUUAGCUCUCGGGAUGAUGAGGCUUAUAAUGGGGUCGAGGUGAAUAUCUCGGGGGCGACUGCAGGCAAUGGUCGUCAUGGUAGUGAAGAGAGGAUUUUGGGUCCAACUUCGAAUAUCACCAAGACGGUUGUGGUUGAGAUGAAAAGUGAGCUGGCGAACUAAGAUUGGUUGAAAAAAGGACAUGAAGGCUAGCUGGAUCUAUGUGGUAACUCUAACACAAACAAAAUAUUCUUUAAUUUAAUUUCGUUCUUUUUCGUGGAAGUCUCUUGUUUACUCACCGCUCCUUCCUCGAGGAGAUAACCCGCAUCGCCUAAUUC